AUGAGAGAAGAACAGAUGAAUGAGAAGAUUGAUGCAUUUGAAGUGAAAGUGGCGCAAAUUGACGGGGUUUGUAAGGGAAUGGUGGUGAAACGUUGCGAAAUGGCAAAAAUGAAAAAGGCGAUGAUGGAGGAGGUGAAGGUGAUGGAGGGAAAAAUUGAAGAGCGUCGAAAAGUGGUGGAGGAGAGGGAAAAACAGAUGGAUGAUCGUUGUCGAGAGUUGGAUUGUAGAGAGAAAAUGUUGAAUGAACGAGGCAAAGAUAUUGAUUUUUUAACAAGGCCUACAAGUUCUGCACUUGCAAAAACCAGAGAACCUAAGCCAGUGGCGUGCUGUGAGAUUCAAUUGUUGUGCAGGAAUAUGGACACAUAUGGCAUGAGAUCUUACCUAAUUAAGCUACACUGCAAGGACAUAUAUAAUAUGCGUGAUGAUAUAUCUGAAUCUCUUCAGUUGUCACCAGAUCCAGCAAAGCUUGUUUUUAAUGUGAUUCAAAGUUUUUAUGAGUUGGUCGAGUCAGAAAGUACGCUUAGACAGCCUUAUAUUGCUUGUUGCACAACUUUGUCAGGAGCAUUGCUAUUACUAAACACUAGUGUAACACCACAUUUAAAAGAUGAUGCAAUGAAGUUCAGCAUCAAGUGGAGAGAUUUUUUCGCUAAGCAGGGUUAUAUUCAUCGUCUUGAUACAUUUGCCUUCCUGCAGUUUUUAGCCACAUACGACUUAGCACAGUCAUAUGAUGCAAAUGAACUUUUUUCACAUCUAAGGGCCUUCUUUACUGAGAGUGAGGCUCUUCUGUCCGGACAAGGCGUAUAUUUGUGCCAGAUAUUGGGAUUGGAGAAGAAAAUUCCAGGUAUGUUGAAUCUCUACAUGCAUCUCCAUCUGAAAUUUAGUAGAACUGAUGGCUUUACUCCUGACAAAACCCAUCUAUUGAAAGAGGUUAACAAGGAGGAGAAACUUCAAGCAGUUGUGUACAUAUGUGCAUUCAAGUUGGAAGAUACUUUCCCACCAGUUCCUCUACUGAAAGGCCAUUUGGAGUUCGUACAGAAGAGAGAAAUGGUCAAGAAAGGCAGUGACAGCGCUUUGAAUGCAAUAAUGAUGCUGUCAACAUGGAAUUAUCUGCCCUCAGAGCCUUGCUUAAAUGCAUUUCCAAUUUCAAGCUCGAGUCCAAGCUUUUCACCUGCUCCUCUGGAAUCGCGCAUAAAGCUAUUAGAGAAGGAGAUGGAAGGAAAGGCGAAUGCUGAAAGCAUAUUGACAGUAAAGAAGAAUAUUUCAGACUCAGAAAGGAAGGGAGUUGCUCUUCCUGGCUUUGAUCAGUCACAUUUGGCGAUGGGGAAGAAACACACUUUGAAUUCCAUGGAGUCCAGGAAGCAAAGAAAGAUUUUUAAGGUAAAUGUUAUUUGA